AUGAAGCUGCUGAGAGUCCUUGUGCUGAUUGCCCUCCCCCUUUACUGUUUUGCAGGUUCUGGAUGCUCAUCUCUAGAAGAGGUGAUUAACAAAACUAUCGAUUCUCAAGUGAGCGUGGAAGAAUACCAAAAUUUACUUAAAUCCUACUCAUCUGGUCCCGCAACUGACGAGGCCAUAGCACAACUGAAGCAAUGUUUUCUCAGCCAGUCGGAUGAAAUUCUGACCAAAGUUGGCACGCUGUUGGUAACUACGGUUUCUUCUAAUGAGCUUUAA